AUUCUUUUCCUCUGUGAUAAUCAAGUUCACGGUCGCAAAUCACAUCAAGAAGAACGAUAACAGGUACUUGUUUUCUUAUGAUAUGUAUUACAAUUAUAGUUCUUCUUGAUGUAAUUGUUUUUUGUUUGGAUUGAUUGUUUUCUAGUUGAAUUGUAUGAUAGAUCGGUUAAUAUGAUCUAUAGAAUGUUCCUACACACAUAUAAUCUCAACCAGUUAGGGUUUAUUCGUUCGUUUUCUGUCACGAUUUGACUCGAAUGAUAUGAACACGAGGACGUUACAUGUUAAUCUGUACCAACAGCUUGAAUUAGGUUAUAUGUAGUUGCAGAUCACUAGAUAAGUUCUAGCACUGGAAUUUUGGAGUUAAAACCUAAUGUUAUUUGGUUAAUUGGCUCAAACGCAUUAUUUCAGUUUAUUAGGUUAUACUUUAAAAGAUAUUAGGUCAGAUAGAGAGUAAGUGAUAUGUUUCUGUUUUCACAAAUUUAUUUAAGCUAGGUGUGAAUAGAAACCUUUUCUCAUCAUGUUGGAUAUCACGGUCAGGUAAUGAAAUGGACAUCAUGCUUCUGAACCAGCUUCUAGAAAAUGAUAUAUGAAGUGCAAUCUUUUUAUUUUAAUCACUGCAAAUUACAUGCUUUUUUACUAUGCUUGUUUACUGUGCAUACAAAGUGACUAUUUGCAAAAUUGCUUAAACUAAUGUAAAUUAAUGGUAACUUGUAUUGUCUCCGGCUGAUUGCCGCAUACGAGUAUAGUUAAUUGUUGCAAAAUUGCUUUAACUUUUAAACACAUUGAUAUGAGUUGAUUAAUGGCAAUGAAUUAGUUGAUUAUGCAUAGGUUUCUUUCCUUAUAAUAUAUAUGGUUUCAGCUUAGAAAGUCAUAGGGUUUGAUAUCUCACUUUAGUGGCGAAGGUUGACGUUUUCGACGUGAGGGGGGGUUGAAAAUGUAUAUAUCCAAAAAUUUCUAUAGAACCGGGGGGGUCGAAAACGUAUAUACCUAAAAAUUUCUAUACAAAAGCUACAUAUAUCACUACUAAGCGAAAAGUUCGAGGGGUCGGGUGCUCCUGACCCUGUUAAGCUGCGCCCCUGUGCAUUAGUGAACAAUUUCAUAACCAGGUACUAUAGGGGCGGAUCCAGCAUAUAACAAGGGGCAACCCCCGCUACGGCUUGGCGCUCCGGCGGUAGUGUAAAAUUAGUAUAAAUUUUGGAAAAAUAUAACGUUUUUUCGAUUUCGUUACCGCUUUUUUAUAAAACGUUACGGCUUGGCGGAUUUUCUAGAUCCGCCACUGAGGUACUAUAUACUUUAUACGACUGUUCAAACAUAGGUUUGGUUUGAAUUUUAUUAUAUGCCUCUUGGUUGCCAUAUUCUACUUAAAUUGACAUGCCACUUGUGCCUACACAUGAGGAUGCUUUUAUAUUAUUAUUAUUGUUUAUCAUGUAUUGCACGUUAAUAUAUGUCAAAUUAGUAGUACUAAGUCUGAAUAGAUGUGAUUAGUAAGUUCCAAAGUAAUAUUGUCAUGCAUAUAUCAUGUAGUUCCCUCAGUUGGUAAAGUGGGUCGGUUGACUAACUGGUCACAUGGGUAAAGUUUUAUACAGGUCCAAAUGGAUUAGAAUUGUUAUUUUAAUAAUAUAGUCUGCUAGUUGCCCAUUAAUUUAAAAGGUUAUAUUUGAAUUUAUUUAAUUAUAUUAGACUUUGAUCAUAUUGAUUGAGGUUCGUUUGUUUAUGAUUUAUGCAAUUCUAUUUAUGUGUGUCAUUAAGCUAUAGUUAAUACUACCAUGGAUCCAAGCAACCCAAACAACACAAACAACCCGCCACAAACCCCGUGGACGCCACCCAUUGAUCCGAUGUGGGCGACUCCACAAUUUUCUUUUACAAGCUACAAUCAAGUUCCUAAUGCGUUCAACCAACUCCCUCAAACCCCGACUCCUAACGCGUUCACGCAACUCUCUCAAACCCCGAAUCCUAACGCGUUCACGCAACUUCCUCAAACCCCGCAACCUACUAGUUUAUUUCAACUUCAUCAAAUCCAAUUUCAACAACAAUAUCAGCAACAACUAAAAACGCUCCAACAAAGCCAAAGUCGGCCUAUUCAUACGAAAGUCCAAUCGCAACCGACACCCGAUACCCCUUCGUUAGACGAUUUGGAUGACAUUGCCGUUGUACCCGAAACCCAACCUCAAAGUUCUAAGAAAACAUCUACAAAAAAGCGUUCAACGAGGCCGGAACAAGAAAAUUUAACCACCGGAAGAGGUCAAACUUGGACAUCGAUCGAAGAGUUGGCGUUGGCAAGGGCGUGGACCAAUACGUCUACGUGUCCGAUCGUAGGUAAUAAUCAAAAGUCUGGCAGUUUUUGGAAGGAGGUUUGCAACAAAUUUCAUGCUUUGAUGCAAAAAGAACCGUACCGAGAAGUGAACUCAAUGAGCUCAAAGUAUCGAGAGAUGAAUAAGAAGAUAUCGGCGUUUUGUGGUUAUUACAACAACGCUCAUUCGAAUCGGCCAAGUGGGGCGAGUGAUGAAACGGUUUUUGCCAUAGCUAUGUCAAAAUACCAUACGAAAGAAGGUAGUGCGUUCACAUAUGUAGGGGCUUGGGAAAUCUUUAAAAAUUGUCCCAAGUGGGCGCCGGUUCCUAACGAGGUGGCAAGAGCAAAGAGGUGUAAGACAUUCGAGUCGAUAGAGCAUAGUGCCGGUGAUUCGGAUGUGCGUUACCAUAUUAAUAUUAAUGACGAACCCGAGUUUGACGAUGAAGUGACGGAGAUUCCGGAAUUGAAGCGCCCAAAUGGCAGAGACAAAGCAAAAAAGGAAGCAGCGGCCAAAAAUAAAGAGACGUCGACAAAAAAUGAAACUCCGGGUGAAACGAAUGUGGAUAAGUUGAUGAGCAAGUUCACCGAAUUUAACGAAAUACAAGCGGCGAGACUUAAGUUGAAAGAAAAAGAAAUGCAAGAAGCGGCCGAUCGUGAAGACUUUAAGCUAAUGGCAACAAACAUCGACUCGCUCCCGGAAAAAGAUAAAGAAGUGUUGCAAAAAAUGAAGGCGAAAAUUGCUCAAAAAUGGAGUCUUUAAAUUAUGUCGUUAUCAUUUUUUAUAUUUUCUAGUUUUCAUCUUUAAUUUACGUCGCAAACAUUUUUGGCAAUUUGGUCGGGUU